AUGCCCAACGCUGUGUCAGACCCAAAUAACUUUUUCUCCUCUUUCUUCCUAGUAGUACUAGUUGCUAGCCUGGGCCACGCCGCGCUCGCGCUGCGCCACGCUGGAGGCCGAGGCCGGGGAUGCCAUGACGUGCCUGCCUCGCCGGAGGCCGCGUGCGAGCUCGGAAGCGCCAUCGCCGCGAGGAAGCCGCGCCGCCGCGAGGAAGCCGCGCCCGCGCCGCUGCGAGGAAGCUCCGCCCACGCCGCGUCUCGGACCGCGGCAGAGCAGGGUCGCGCCGCAGCCGAGGAAGCUCCGCCCGCGCCGCCGCGAGGAAGCCCCCACCCGCGCCGCCGCGAGGAAGCUCCGCGCCGCGCCUCGGACCGCUGCAGGGCAGGCGUGCCACGAGGCCGCGCCGCGAUGCGCCUCGAUGGAGGUCGACGCCGGGACGCCCGCGUCCCUCCCGGGCGGCGUGUGCGGAGGUGCCGCGCGGCCCGGACGAAGCCGCAGCGCGCGUCGUGGGGUGUAGCUUCCGCGCGGCCCGAGCGGAGCUGCAGCGCGGGGCGGACGGCUCCGACGACGGAGCGAGCGGCCGGCGUGGGGCAGCGUGCGCGGAGGCUCGCCCGUGGUCGCCGCCGUGCGCCGAGGCUCGCCCGUGGCCGCCCUGCCCGGGGCUUGAAGGGGCUCUCCCGUGGCCGCCGUGCCCGGGGCUCGCCCGUGCCCGCGCGUGGCCGACGCGGCCGGCGGCACCCCCGCACCGUGCCUCGCGCGGCCGGCUCCGCCACCGCACGGACAGCUCCGGCCCGCUACACCCCCUGCUGCCGACGCCCGGGUUGCCCCGGCGACCUCCGCGCCCGCUCCAGCGGCACCACCACCAUUGCGGCUCCGGCAACUUCUACUUGGAAUGAAAAAAAGAGGAGGCGGCGGAGCCGGGAGUCUCCAGGCGAGGGCGACGACAAAGGUUAG